AUGGCGUCGUCCGAGCGCGCGCUCGCGACGCCGUCCUGGCGCGCGGUGUCGCGCGCGGUGGCGGCGCGCGCGAUGUGGUACGCGCUCGACGCGCCGUGCGCGUGGAGCUUGGGCGCGGAGGACGCGCGCGCGGCGCGAUGGGACGAAGACGAAGCGACGACGUCGCGGAUGGUUGACGAGGACGACCUCGACGACGACGGCGCGCUGCUGCGCCUGCGCGAGGCGCGCGCGACGAAGCUGACGCACGUUCGAGGGUCGUUCGACGCGCACUUGGUGGACGUGCGGGAUUGGUUGGCGCGGUUCGGCGCGCCUCGCUCGGUGGCGCGGGCCGGCCUCGGCCACGCGGCGUACGGGAGCGAGUUGUUUCCGUGCGCGGUGGCGUCGUUCGGCGCGCAUCGCUCGAUGUUUCGCGCGGUUUGUGGGCGCGCGAGCGAGCGGUUGAUGUUUCUGUACGCGACGUGCAGUCAGAGAAAGUUUUAUCGAUGGGCGUUGACGCGCGCGGGGGCGUUCGAUCGAGAGACGGCGGCGGUGAAUUUUUACACGGGAGAAACGACGCGCGCGUUGUCGGGAUUCGAGAUUGCGAGUCUGGCGUUGAUACACGCGGCGGAUAUUUUGAGCGUGCAGACGCCGGGGAGGGCGGUGAACACGGCGACGGCGUUCGCGAUGUGUUUGGUGGCGAGCGCGGCGGCGACGUUUCGCGAAGAGACGCGAGACGGAGACGCGGACGCGAGUCUCGUCGAUUUCGCCGACGCGCUCGAAAACGACGUCUUGGACGAUAUCUUAAAAGCCAUGGUCGCCACGUCCGAGCGGAAAAGCAAAAGCGCGUGGCGAGAGUUGCGCGAAGAGGCGAUGGCGCGAGCGCGCCAUCGCUUGCGCCGAACGCGAAUCGACGCCGUCAUGGUGAUGCGAGCCACGGGCGUUUUGAAUUAG